AUGUUUGGGUGGCGAUCCAUGCAGGCGGCCAUCGGAAUCUUCGAGGGGACGACCCGCCCGUUGCUGGACAUGUGCGAGAGGAGCUUGCACUUUCUCACGCAGACCAACCGCUUUGUCUUCUACCAAGUUGCCCUCCACUACUACCUGGGCAUCCUGAUCGUGGUCGAUGCCGUCGAAGUAUCCCAGGGGCAGGACCUACUGUCACAACUGGUGGACCGCAGGCUUGACGCGGAGCGCGAAGCCUUCAACACAAUCAAGCUGGGCAUCGAGAGCCAGUUUACGCUGCAGGGUCCUCCAAGUCAAGAGGAUCAGGACAACGGCCGAGUGCAUAGCACUGUCACGACAUUCUUCAUCGCCAUCGACCCGUUCCCUCACAACGUAACUGCUCGUGCCCGGCUAUUGACAAAUUUCAUUGGGCGCAAGUACCGGCGAGGAACAGUUCAGCGGGAUACGUACGCUGGCCUUCUCUCCACAUUGUCCAGGGCAUUGAUUCAACUGCCGGGGAGCACCAAAACGGUUCUUCUGGCUCGUGACCUCCCGAAAGGGGUCAUGGAGAGCGUCGAAACCGACCAGUAA